AUGAAAACAACUAAUCAUGAGCCUGAUAUAAUAGAGAAACAUAUAACAAUACUAAUGAAACAAAGUGAAAACAAACCCAAAUAUUAUAACUACGAUGAAGCUAUCGAUUUGGCAGGCAACGGCUGGUACAACAUUGGACUCCUGAUAACCCUGAGCAUUACAUUGUUGGCGAUGUGUCUGGACCUGUUCAGCUUUUCCUUUGUGGUAGCUUUCUCCAGCUGUGAUUUCCAGCUCAGUCUGGUACAGAAAAGUAUCCUCGUUUCUGUACCUUUCACAGGGCCAGUGUUAACAGCGUACGCAUGGGGCUAUUUCUCUGAUACAAGAGGUCGCAAGAAGAGUAUGGCAAUUGGUAUGUUGGUCAGCUUUGUGAUGUCAACCUUAUGCGCCUUCUCUCCCAACUGGAUAGUGAUGGGUGUAUUAAAACUUAUUGGAACUUGUUUUUGCAGCAGUGCCCAGUCAGCAUCGUAUGCAUUGUUGGGAGAAUCGUGCGCAGGUCGAGUCAAGGCACCUUACUUGCUCAUUAUGACUAGCACAGUCCAUCUGGGUUUACCUACUUACACGACUUUAGCUUACUUCGUAGGCAAGCUUGACUUCUUCUACGACCUGGGCUACAUAUCCUUCGUACCUUGGAGACUUCUAGUACUAAUAAUGGCAUUACCUUUGGGCUUGGCAGCAGUCUUAUUGCUUUUCUUCUUCGAGAGCCCUAAAUUUGUGCUGAAUGCAGGAAAAGAAGGGCAAGCUUUAAACAUUUUAAGAAAAAUCUACAAGAGGAACGGUGGUUUGGAGAAAUAUCCGGUACAUUACCUAACACUAAAUGAAGAUGGCAACAUCAAACGUAAUGGAAAAUCUCUGCUAGUAUCCUUAUGGCAGCAGAGUGCACCGUUGUUCAAGCCUCCACUGUUACAGAAUACAUUGAUUCUAUAUUACUUGAUUGUUAUUUCUUACAGUGUAAGCGGAAGUUUAUACGUUUGGCUACCAUUCAUAGCCAAGGCAUUCACUACUCCAGCUCUAAAUCACACAGAAGGUCUUUGUGCUUUGGUGAAGCUGACAUCUUCCAUCAGCAGUGAGACCACUGCGUGCUCGUCAUCGUCAAGUAUAGUAGAGCUCCCAGUGGUCUUAACUUCGAUAGCAUCAGGCGUAUUCUUCAGCACCUUCAAUGUGAUCAUGUCUAAAUUUGCUUCGAGGAGAAAAGCAUCUCUUAUUGUAAUCUAUGCAUUUGCUGCUGUUUGUUGCGCUUUGACCACUUUGAUUCCAAAUCAUAUUGCUGGCCUUUUCUAUUUUGGAGUAUUUUCGACAAGUCUCUGCAUGGGACCAUUGUUUGCUUAUUUUGUAGAUCUCGUUCCAACGUCUUUCCGGGGUAUGGCAGCGUGUCUCGGAGUGAUGGUAGCUCGGAUCAGUAGCGUGGCGGGAAUCAAUCUUGUUGGACCUUUUAUAACUUCGCACUGCUCAGUUACUUUUUACUGUCUUAGUGCUUUUGCAUUGAGUGGAGUCUUGGUGUCAUUAUUGCUGCCAGCAGAUAAACGGAAAUCUUCUACAAACAAAUAA